AUGGCUAUUACAAUUCUUCCCCCGGUGGUCGACCAUGUCGACAUAUUCCACUCGGAUUCAGACGUGGAUUCCAUGUCCGUGGACUCGGACGGAGGAGUAGAUCUAGCAACAGGAAGGACCUCAAGACCGAGCAAACGACCUCGCUUAGUGGAAGGAACAGAUAUUACGUCAGGAGUGGUUACCCCUGGAGAAAUUGUGACGGAUGAUCCACAAUGGAUGAGAGGACAUGGUACCUAUAUAAAUCCCCUUUCGACCUCCAUAAUUGCCACGGUCGCCGGUACUGUUCAGAAGACCAACAAACUUCUUUCCGUACAACCGCUUCGCGCUCGUUAUACUCCAGAAAUAGGUGACCUUGUCGUGGGGCGCAUUGUUGAAGUUCAGUCCAGACGAUGGAAGGUAGAUGUUGCUGCUCCACUCCUUGCACAGCUCCCACUAUCUGCGAUCAAUCUCCCGGGCGGUAUUUUACGUCGGCGAACGAGCGCCGAUGAACUACAGAUUAGGACUUUCUUCAGUGAAGGUGACCUAGUAGUGGCGGAGGUUCAGACCGUACAUUCUGACGGUGCAGCUUCACUACAUACGCGAUCUUUGAAAUAUGGAAAACUCAGAAAUGGCGUUUUUCUUGCUGUGACCGGAACGGGUGGUAGUGGAGCUUCAAGUUCGAUGGUAAAAGGAGGAGUUGGGUCUGGACCUAUCCCUGCAGGAGCCAUGGGCGCAUCAGGCACGGGAGGAGUAGUUCGGUCUCGGAGACAGGUGUGGACAGUCAACACCGCCAAUGGAGGUGGCGAUGUGGAUGUCAUACUUGGGGUUAACGGGUAUAUCUGGAUUUCGAAACAUGCUGACGAUACUGCUGCCGCGUCUUCCACCACGGACAGUGUGUCGAUUACCCGUAUGGAGGAGAUGGUGUCGAGCUCUAUAUACUCUAGCCAAAACGAUGAGAUCCCGCCGCAAACAAGGCGAGAAAUUGCACGACUAGCACAGUGUAUCCGAGUACUUGUUCAAGGGGGAGUGAGGGUUGAUGAAGAGACCGUGAUGAGUGCAUAUGAGGCUAGCUUACAAGUGGAUUUAGAGGUUGGUGACGAUGACGAUGACGACGAUCGGAGAAGAGAAGGGAGAGAGUAUCUUGAGGGGAACAAAGCGCGGAGAAUACUGGAAUUGGUUUUGGAGCGCAAUUAG